AUGGGCCUCUGGUUCAACAUCUCGCUGGCUGUGUUCGCGGCCACAGGAUCUUUCCUGUUUGGCUACGACUCUGGUGUCAUGACCGACGUCAUCCAGUCUCCGCAUUUCCUUAAUUUUUUCGACACAACAAAAACCUCCCCGAUCAUAGGCGCAAUCAAUUCCACUUUUUCCGGUGGGGCUGUCUUUGGCAGUUUGACGGGCGGUCUGACCAUGGACCGCUUUGGCCGGAAGGGGACCAUCAUCAUUGGGGCAACGGUUGCCUGCAUCGGCGCCAUUCUCCAGAGCGCUGCUAUGCAUCUGGCCAUGAUGCUGGUUGGCCGUAUCCUGGCCGGGUGGGCCGUUGGCAUCCUCUCCAUGAGUGUACCCGUCUACCAGAGCGAGUGCGCGCAUCCCGCAAAGAGAGGUUUGAUCGUCGGCAUUGCGCAGCAAAUGAUCGGCGUUGGGUUUAUCGUCUCCACCUGGGUCGGCUACGGAAGCCACCAUGUUCCCAGCACCAGCUCGUUCUCUUGGAGAUUCCCCCUUGCCUUUCAGGCCAUCCCCUGCGUGCUCCUGAUGUGCGGCAUGCCCUUCUUCCCCGAGUCGCCCCGCCAUCUGCUGGAGACGGACCGCGAUGAGGAGGCAAUGCGUGUCCUCCGGAAGCUCCAUUACAAUGGCGAGAACGAGGAGUGGAUCAAUCGCGAGUUCCAUGAGAUCAAAACCACCAUCCUCGCUGAAAAGGCUAUCACCGCACCCGGCUGGCGCGUCAUGUUCACCGUCAAGCAAUGGAGGAUCCGUCUCAUGCACGCCACAGCCGUGCAAGUCUUCACCCAAAUGACCGGUAUCAACGUCAUCAACUACUAUCAGACCAUCAUGUACGAGAACCUUGGCAUCGAGGGAUCCCGCAACUUGCUGGUCACCGGCAUCUACAACUGCGUCGGUCCGCUCUGCAAUCUCGUCUUCAUCACAUUCUUCUUGGACCGCUUUGGAAGGAAGAAGCCGUUGAUCUUCGGAAGCGCAGCAAUUACCUUGGCGCUCAUCUGCGAGGCGAUCCUCAACGCAAAAAACCCCAAUGCAAGAAGCGAAGGACUAUCGAUCGGCGGUGUCUUUUUCAUCUUCUUGGUCACCUGCAUCUUCAGUUUCUCCUUCGGCCCCAUCAGUUGGACGUAUGCCUCCGAGAUCAUGCCUAUGCAAAUCAGAGCACGCGGCAGCGCCUUUGCGACCGGCAUUGGAAACUGGCUGGUCUCGACAAUUUGGAGCCAGGUCUCUCCAAUCGGUCUCGGAGCCAUUGGCUGGAAAUUCUACUUCGUCUUCAUCGCCUGGAAUAUCGUGGUUACCUUGCCUUGCAUCAUCAUUUUCUUCAAGGAGACUAAGCAGCUUUCCCUCGAGGAGAUUGAUCUCUUGUUUGGUGAGCGUGCGCUGGGUCAACUGCCCGAUAACAUCCAUGACGUCAAGGUAGACCCGAGCGCUCAGGAAAUCAUCCAUCACGAAACCAAGCAGUAG